GUUUGAUUUCCGACAUCUACUUGGUCGCUAAAAUCCUCUACUGAACCAAGCCCUGGUUGUCGACAGCCAUACCAAAAUCCAAGUUCAGUCGAGACCCUCUUGAGCAUUCGAAAUCCAGAGGACAUUGUCCAUCGAUGGUCGCAGAGAGGUUCUAUGACACCUGUCGCAGCUGUACGCGCCAAGCUCCUCCUCCCUUCUUCGUGUUCUUCCAGCCCAGCUUUUGCCCUGCCCUGCCUGGUCCCCUGACAGAGCUCCUAGGGCUCCCGCCUCGCCGAACUAGGUGAGGCCGAUGUCAGGCAAGCAACGAAGCGCCUGCCGCAGCGCACUCCCGCUUCUAAGCCUUGCAUCCUUUCACCACCUUUGACUUCAUCACGCAACCAAACCUUGCUCCUCUCCAAACCCCCCACCAGCGCUCCGGUCACAUUCAGCUCAUUCCUGCAUCACCCCUAACAAAUACUUGCAUCUCGCGUCGUUGGCAUUGCGACUGACGCCGAUCCCCCAGAGCCUUCGAACAGUCCAACCACGAUGAACUCCCAGCCCCAGCCUCUGCAUGGCGGUGGCCCCUUUGAUCGCGAUCGUGACCGCGAACUCGAGGAGCAAAGACAUCGCGCCAUUCAACAGGAAGAACUAGCACGACGAGAGAGGGACCGCGAACAGACCCGCGAACGCGAGCGAGAACGUGAGCGCGACGACGCCGAACGUCAGCACCGGGAACCCUAUCAACCCGCCACCACCCCUCACCAUAGCAGUGCUGGCUCGAUCCCCAUCCACCAACCGGUCGCCUCUAGAGUUGCAACUACCAUUCACAGCCCCGGCGGCUUACUUGCCAAUCACGGAGGCUCUGCUCCUUCCAUGCCCAUUGGCGCACCAACGGGACCUGCUCCCGCUUUCGGCCCGCAACUACAACAUGAAUCCGGUCGGCCUCCUCCACACGGCGGGCCGGGCGCUGCGCCGACAACCCAACAUCAAAUGUUCGCCCCAAUGUCUCACGGCCCCGGCGGCCCAAAUAAUUCGUUAGGAGGGUCGGGCGGACCGACGUCUCUCUUUGGCGGUCCUCUCCAGCAGGAGAACGGUCGGGGGUUACAGCAGGACGGUGUGCGUGGCAUGCAACAAAUGCCCUUUGGCUCCAAUAUGGGCGCUGGCCACCCCAUGCCUUCUGGCCCCAGUGGAAUGCCCCAAGGUCAACAGCCGAUUCUUAACGACGCUUUGAGCUAUCUCGAUCAGGUCAAGGUCCAGUUUCAUGAGCAACCAGAUGUAUACAACAAGUUCUUGGACAUCAUGAAGGAUUUCAAGAGCCAAACCAUAAACACCCCUGGAGUUAUCACAAGAGUUUCCGAGCUAUUCGCGGGCCAUCCAAACCUAAUCCAGGGCUUCAAUACAUUCCUGCCACCCGGCUACCGCAUCGAGUGCGGCUUGGAGAACAACCCGAACAGUAUUCGCGUUACGACACCUCAAGGCUCCACCUCGUUCUCGAUCGGUGGAAGCCGCGCGCCACAACUCGAACCUGCACAACCAACAUCAGGUCCCGGUCAGGCCUUCCUAAGUGCACGACCAGGGAAUUGGCCGCCAUCUACUGUGCAGCACAGCAUUGAGAGCCCCGAGGUGGCGUAUAGCGUGCCUGCACAAAAUGGCCCUGCUGGAUUUUCUGGACCUAACCAGAAUGCACCCUUCGAGAAUACCAGUCCGGUUCAGCAGAGAUCCGCCCCAGCCGGCCAGAACGGGGCUGCUGGCACCCAUGCUGGGCCAGCGCCUAGAAAUGCGCACACGCCCACACCAACGGUGGCCGGCCAGCCCAACUCAAACGGCAGCGUGGCUCAUCAAGCAAUCAUUGAAAAACGGGGGCCAGUUGAGUUUAAUCAUGCAAUUAGCUAUGUUAACAAGAUCAAAAACCGUUUCCAGGACAAACCCGAAAUCUACAAGCAAUUUCUCGAAAUCCUGCAAACCUACCAGCGCGAACAAAAACCUAUUCAAGACGUCUACUCGCAAGUGACCACUCUCUUCCACGCGGCGCCCGACCUGCUCGAAGAUUUUAAGCAAUUUCUUCCCGAAUCGGCCGCGCAAACGCGACCGGCCGGCCAGCAGCGCCCGGAAGACAGCGCGGCGAUGGCUGUCACGACGCCAACUCCUCAACCAGGCCUUCCUGUUCGUGAUCAACAGCCUAAAAUGCCACCGGUCGGCAACUUUGCGCCUCCGCCGAGCGCCAGCAAGGAGAGCAAGAAGCGUGCCCGUGUGGAGAAGGCCGUUCCCACUACCGCACCUCCUGCAUCCGAGCAGCCGCCCGUCUCGAGUUUGCGGUCAACCAUUCAGCCAGCGGCACCCACCAACAAGCGAGCCAAAUUAUCACACAAGCCCGUCGUCGGCGAUGGCAACUUUAUCGAACCUACUUUAACUCCUGUCAUGCCGGAACCGCUUGGUCCGAUCCCGCUUUCGACCUCCGGCCAAGAUGAUGUACAAUUCUUCGAGAGGGUCAAGAAGCACAUCGGCAACAGGACCGCGAUGGGCGAGUUUAUGAAACUCAUCAACCUGUGGAAUCUUGACCUGAUCGAGAAGGACGUGUUGAUCUACAAGGCAAAUCACUUCAUGGGUGGCAACCCCGAAUUGCUGAAUACCCUCAGGAACAUGCUAAGGCACACCGGCACGGAAGAGGUAGUUGAGAACCGCCCUGAACCACCGCCAGGCAAGGUUUCUUUGAGCAACUGCCGCGGUUUCGGUCCUAGCUAUCGCCUUCUCCCUAGACGGGAACGUCUCCGUCCUUGUAGCGGUCGCGACGAGCUGUGCAAUUCGGUACUCAACGAUGGUUGGGCCUCACAUCCGACGUGGGCUUCGGAAGAUUCGGGCUUCGUUGCGCAUCGCAAGAACGGUUACGAAGAGGGACUCCAUCGUAUCGAAGAGGAGCGACAUGACUACGACUUCUACAUCGAAGCCAACCAAAAGUGCAUCCAGCUCCUGGAGCCGAUCGCCCAACAAAUGCUUACGCUUACCCCCGCGGAGCGAGCACACUUCAAGAUGCCUGCAGGUCUUGGUGGGCAGAGUACUUCGAUCUACAAGCGAGUCUUGAAGAAGAUCUACGGGCCAGAGAAGGGCUGUGAAGUCGCCAACGAAAUGUUUAAGAACCCUUUCGCUGUUGUGCCCAUCGUGAUGGCUCGUCUCAAACAAAAAGAUGAAGAGUGGAGGUUCACCCAGCGCGAAUGGGAGAAAGUCUGGCAGAGCCAAACCGAAACGAUGCAUCUCAAGAGCCUGGACCACAUGGGUAUUCAGGUGAAGACGAAUGACAAACGCAAUCUUUCCGCAAAGCAUCUGGUCGACGUUAUCAAGACCAAGCAUGAAGAACAACGCCGACUGCGAACGACUAAAACAAAGACACCUCGUUACCAAUUCCUGUAUGGGUUCCAAGAUCAGGAUCUUCUCCUUGACCUCCUCCGUUUCAUGGUCAUUUAUGCGAAUGUGGGUGGCCAGCACAACGCUCUGGAGAGGAGACGUAUAUUGGAGUUCUUUGAAACGUUCAUCCCGGCAUUCUUUGACCUUCCAGAAGAGAAGGUGCAAGAAAGACUUGCUGAUAUUGACCAAGAUUCUGGAGAAGAGGAUGAAGAAGACUCGGCGCCCGCUGAGCUCACCAAUGGCAGGACGCGACGCGGUAAAAAAUCCGACCUACUUCGCGGCGUCCUUGAUCCGGGCCGUAAUGGUAGUCGUAGCCGGGGCCAAAAGGAAGAUAGCACAGCAACAGGAAGCAAGGAGACGACACCGGAUGUCGGGUCUGCUAAUGAGGAGGAGAUGCCCGAUGCGCCAGAUGAUCGGGCUGUCCCGGAGGUCUCGAAUGACCGCUGGUUGCCCACGAUUGGUCCCAUCGUCUUAGAGAACACCAAGGAUGGUAAGCCUGAUGGACUUGUCGAUGUCGAUGGUGAACUGAAGGCGGAUGCACCCUUUGUUCGUGCCUGGUACAACUUCUACUGCAACCAGAACAUGUAUGUGUUCUUCACUGUUUUCCAGACGCUGUACAAGCGCCUCGAGGAGGUCAAGGCCAGCAAAGACAGCGUCCUUGAGGAGAUCCGCCGGGAGACUGCUGUUAAGCCCGCAAAGAUCCUUGGCAUGGUCAACCCAGGCCUGCACUACUUCGACGACAAGAACCCGGAGACAUUCUGGCCUCGUACCGUCGAGCUGAUUGAGGAUUUCAUCAACGGCGAGAUUGACGAGAGCCGGUAUCAAGACGUGCUCCGGCACUACUAUCUUCGCAAGGGAUGGACAAUUUACACGAUCCAAGAUCUGCUCAAGACACUUUGUCGCAUUGGUCUUGCCUGCAACAACCCAGACGCCAAGGGCGAGAAGACCAAGGAGCUCGUUAGGGCAUACCUGGAGAGUCGUCAGCAGGAGACCACCAGCUUCCAGAACGAGAUCAGCGCUCGUAAAUUUGCGGAGAAGUGCAUCAAAGAUGCCGAUAUGUUCGUCAUCAGCUGGUAUCCGGGCAAGAAGGAAGCUUCCGUGCGCUGGCUGAAAAAGGAAGACACCACCUUCUACAUGGACGAGAUGGAGCGCAUCCAGCAAUGGCAGUACUAUAUCUCUUCUUACAUGCGUCAAGAGCCCACGGAAGGAGUAGAUAAAAAGCAACUCCAGAGGGUAUUCCUCUCCCGCAACCACGCCGCGGCGACAGAGGGUAUCUCCGAAGAUGAUUAUAAACCCAAGCCACUUGCAUAUGACGAGGGCCUGGUGAUUAGGAUUUGCCUCAAUUCGUCCAAGAUGGUGUUUGAAAAAUUCACUUCGGAAUGGUUCAUCUACAACACCACCACCUUCGACUCGGAAGAGGACAAGGUUUUCCACGAGGAGAAGCAGGCGUUCCAGAGAGAGCUGCGCGAUGAACGCCUCAAGGAGAAGUUUGUGACAAAUAACUCCUGGAUGAAGGGCCUGAGCCAUGAGGAAGUCCAAGCAGCCAAGGACGAGUUUCAGAGGUGGAAAGAGGGAGGCAUCGGUAUGGUCGAGUCGCAGCAGCAGCCGCCCUUACAAUAGCCACAAGCCCCACCGUAGUAUUGUGGUCAUGGGUGUCCUUGAGAACGAAGGAAUAGGGUGAGUGACGGAUGCUCAUGUGACGGGCCUCAGCGUUUCAUCUCCUUUCGGCAGCAGGAGUAUGCUCUGGGAUGCAGCGUUGGAUGUUGGUUGAGAUAAUUUGGUGAUGAAAUUUAUCAGGGAGUUGAGGGAAGCGGUACGAUUUGCUUUAGUCGUGGCUUUUGUUUUAUUUCCGUUCAGCCUAGGCGAAGGACCGUGUGGGUAUCAACAGAACAGAACAAACCUAGGUUGGUUAUGAAGUUUGAAUCCAACUCGUUAUUACAGAAUGAGACAUGGACAAGGAAGCAUACUGAGAAGGGGGGAAAGAGCAAAGGAAGGGGUGGGUCUAGAGAGGACUAAGUGUAGUAAAAGGGACUCUCCGCGUAGGUACAGGCUUCUUAUUACUAGAGGCUGUCCCUUGACGAGGGGUCAAACCCGCUAUCAGCGAGAAUAUUCGAUCAUAUUCUGUCAAUCAAAUAUAGUUGUGUCUUUCACGUUAACGCUAG